GCCCGGCCCGGCCGGUGCACGUGGUGGGGGGGCCGAGCCGAGCCGCCCCCUGGCUGCCCGCCUUCCCCCGGUGGAGGGGAGCGCUGUGCCGCCGCGCCGGCCUCUGGGUGCCGCUUUUUUAUUUAUUUUAAUUUUUUCCCUUUUAACCCUUGCUUAGCAAAUUACGCGUGAUGAGCUCAUGAUGCCGCGCCCCCCCCUCCUCAGCUCCCCCAACGCCCCCCGCCCCGUGUGCCCGGGCGGCUCCGCGCCUCCUUAGCGCUCCGGCGGUACCCGGGAGCUAGGCGGGCCGGCCGGCUGCUCCUCGUAUCAGCAUCACCGUUUUACCUCUUCUCUCGUUUUAUCGCUCGGUGUCGGGCCGCCUGCCGCUCCAUGAGCUCCCGGGGGGGCGGUGGGGCGGGGGGAGCAGCGGCCGCCAGCCCCGACCCCAGCCCCGCCCGGGCAGGGGGCGGGCGGGCGUGAGGCGGGCGAAGUUUCUCCGCCACACCGGGCCCCUGCGAGGGACGGCGGGAGGGAAGGACGUGGCGCCGGGGAAGCUGCCGCCGCCGCCGCCAGGGCAGCCCGGCUUUGGCCAUGAAGAGGAAACAGAAGCGGUUUCUGCAAAUGACGCUGCUCUUCAGCGCGGCUCUCAUUUUCCUGCCCGACAUCGGCCUCUGGGCUCUCUACAAGGAGAAGCACCUGGUGAAGCCCGCCGAGCCCGCCGAGCCGCAGGAAAGGACACCUAAAACAAAAGCCGAUCAGGAGGGCUAUGGGAAAUCUGGUUUUGUAGGAGCACCUUCAAGCCUCAUGAAUGAGACAGUUCCAUUGGGCCUGGGAGAUGGACAGCUGUUCACCUGGACUGAUGGCUUGAAAAGGAAGGACUGGCAUGAUUAUGAAAGUAUUCAAAAAGAUGCCAUGCGUUCAGGGAAAGGUGAACAUGGAAAACCGUACCCUCUCACAGAGGAAGACCAUGAUGAUUCUGCUUAUAGGGAAAAUGGCUUCAACAUAUUUGUUAGCAACAAUAUAGCACUGGAGAGAUCCCUGCCAGACAUCCGACAUCCUAACUGUAAGCACAAGGUGUACUUGGAAAAGCUACCAAAUACGAGCAUAAUUAUUCCAUUUCAUAAUGAAGGAUGGACUUCACUCUUGCGAACAAUACACAGUAUUAUCAACCGCACUCCAGACAGCCUGAUAGCAGAAAUCAUUCUUGUGGAUGACUUCAGUGACAGAGAACAUUUAAAAGAGAAGCUGGAGGAAUACAUGGUCCGUUUUGCCAAAGUGAGGAUUGUACGUACCAAGAAACGAGAGGGGCUCAUUCGGACCAGACUGCUAGGAGCCUCGCUGGCUAGAGGAGAAGUCUUGACAUUUCUGGAUUCCCAUUGCGAAGUCAACGUGAAUUGGCUGCCUCCCUUGCUUAACCAGAUUGCACUAAACCACAAAACCAUCGUGUGUCCUAUGAUCGAUGUCAUUGACCACAAUCACUUUGGCUACGAGGCACAGGCGGGGGAUGCCAUGCGAGGAGCUUUUGACUGGGAAAUGUACUACAAAAGAAUCCCGAUUCCUCCAGAGCUCCAGAGAGCUGAUCCCAGCGACCCCUUUGAGUCUCCUGUGAUGGCUGGAGGUCUAUUUGCUGUUAACCGAAAAUGGUUUUGGGAGCUGGGAGGCUAUGAUCCAGGAUUAGAAAUAUGGGGAGGAGAGCAGUAUGAAAUCUCUUUUAAGGUGUGGAUGUGUGGAGGUGGCAUGUUUGAUGUUCCAUGCUCUAGAGUUGGGCAUAUCUACAGGAAGUACGUCCCUUAUAAAGUCCCUUCUGGAACCAGCCUAGCACGCAACCUGAAGCGUGUGGCAGAGACAUGGAUGGAUGAGUUUGCAGAGUACAUUUACCAGCGACGGCCUGAGUACAGACAUCUCUCAACUGGUGAUAUCUCUGCCCAGAAGGAACUGCGCAAGCACCUUAAAUGUAAAGAUUUCAAGUGGUUCAUGGCUGCAGUGGCUUGGGAUGUCCCCAAAUAUUACCCUCCUGUGGAGCCUCCACCUGCUGCCUGGGGGGAGAUUCGAAACGUGGCAGCCAAUCUCUGUGUGGACAGUAAACAUGGAGCCACGGGGACUGAGCUGAGGCUAGACAUUUGUGUGAAGGAUGGCUCAGAACGGACGUGGUCACAUGAACAGCUCUUCACCUUCGGCUGGAGAGAAGACAUCCGCCCCGGGGAGCCACUUCACACCAGGAAGUUCUGCUUCGACGCCAUCUCGCACAGUAGCCCUGUCACACUGUAUGACUGUCAUGGGAUGAAGGGAAACCAGCACUGGAGCUAUAGGAAGGACAAAACUUUGUUCCAUCCGGUAAGCAGCAGCUGCAUAGAUUGCAACCCAGCUGAAAAGAAGAUUUUCAUGAACAGAUGUGAUCCUUUAUCUGAAACUCAACAGUGGAUUUUUGAACAUAUUAAUACAACUGUUUUAGAAAAAUUUAACAGCAAGGCCAGUUCCUAGGGAAAAAAAAAAAAAAAAUGAACACACCCAGUUACAUACAGCCUGCAGACUACAUUUUCGCCAGCAUCUGGGUCAAAGGAGUCAGGAAUUAAAUUUCCUAGAUCCAGGAAGUCUGUCCUGAAGAUUAAGAAAAUGCCACAGCAAGAGCCAGCAGGCUGUCCUUGUGGAUGUACAGUAUCUGAAGAACUUGGCUAGGAGCCUCACCGGAUGCUGCUGAGAACUUCAGGCUAAAAACUCCCUUGCUGGUCAAGGGAAAACUUUGUUUAAGAACUGUUUAAAAGUACUCCAAGUUAAUAAAGUAAAACAAAACUCUAGAGUUUCUCAGGUCAAGUCCUGCCGUAGUGAGUAGUUCAGAACAGACGCUAUAAUUCGGGAUGGGUAUAUGGUGUGCAUGACGGCUACAGGAACCUGAAGAAAUCCCAGAUUUUAGAACUAAACAUGCUGGUGGAAGAAUAAUGAUGUCCCAGCACUCCCCAGACAAGAUAUAUGCUCUGUUGAUAUUCUCUUAAUAAAAGGUUGGGUUAAGCAGGUUUAACCCUCAGAACUGCUGCAAUUAAUUUUAAAUACCUCCCUUUUGCAUUCCAUUCAUUACCAAAAUAGGAACGGUAGAAAUCUUAGGGUCUAGAAUUACACUGUAGUGAAGCAUGAAAUAAACGGUAAGGUUUUGUCCUCAUACUUCUCCCCUUCAGUUGGUA